AAUGAUCAAUUUCAGCUAUUACAGUCCGUAUGAAAUUUUAUCUGUUUCUCCAAGUUAUGCUGACUACAAAGAAAGCUCAUACUCACGUGAUGCUGAUCUUUACCAUUGAAGCUGCUUAACUUUUCAUAAGUUCACCUAAAAAUCGUCGCAACGAUAUUAUCUCAGCCAGGAGAUCCACACUACUAUACCCACGUACAUCGAAGCUAUACAGCUACCCCGCUGGGUCUCAAGUCUCAAAAUGUCCGCCGAAGCCCAACCCAUCUCCCCAAUCGCCUUCGCCGAAGCUAUCAAAGAACUCCCCCUCUCCUCCCUAUAUGCCAAAGUCUCCGAACUCCGCAACUCAAUAUCACACUUAACCCGCUCCAAUGAAGAGCUGCGAACCUACAUAAUCGAGUCAGAAGAAGGGCCCGAUUCGCCAGACAACAAGGAAUUAGAGGCAUACGUUCUUGAAAAUGAAGAGGUUAUGCAGGCUAUGGCGGAGAGGAUACGAUUGUUAAAGGUUGAGGUGGAAGGGAGAGGGCAGCGGUGGAUGGAGGAGGUUUUGGAAGAUGGUGAUGGUGGCGAGAUAGAAGAGGAUGCUCAGUCUCCACCUUUGGUAAAUGGGGUAUCGUCGCAUGAAGUGGAUGGGGUUACAGAUGAUAAUAGUGAGAGGCGUGUUAAUGGGCUUACGAAUCCGUCGAAUCGGCAAGACGGCGACGGAGAAGAGCAGCGGAACGGUGACGACGAGGAUGAUGAAGGUAUUUACUUGUAAAAAUAGCGAAGCAUCUAUAUUUUUAUUAAAUGAGUGGAAAAUGAUACCCUGGUUUUUGCCGCUAUAUUUGAAUCUAUGAGUUUUAUCUUCAUUGUAUAUGUAUCUCAAUAUGCGAAUAGAGUGUAUCUUGACUAUGGUUGCAAACUCCAAACUUCCUAUCUUAUGACGAGGCACCCGUGAACAAACAAAGAGCAGGGCCAAAAAAGAGAUGAGCAUGAUAGAACGGUCAAAUCACAGUCGCCCUUGUCAGAGCCAAAUUUAUGUAAUCAAAUGACAACGUCAAAUAGUAUGCAUAUGGUAGGGCGAGACGUAGCAACAUUGCUAUCCCUGGACAUAGACGAACUGAUGUAUAAAACCAAAAAGGAAAAUGCAAAAGAAGAUUUUUGACCUCAUGGAAUCCUCCUCUUGAACACCUAGACUAGGCGCUCGCGCCUACUAUCCCAUCCUCAUGAGGUAUGCAAUUCUAAGUAGAAGGGACAUUGGCUGCGGGUGUCGACGAACCAGCAGCAGCGGCUUCUUGAGAUGCCCAAUGACCUGCGAUAGCCUCUGGAGGGAUCUUCUCCUGCUUCAUAUAGAGAUCAAUAAGAGGUUGCAUUGGCUCCAUUUCCUUAUCGGCCACAAGCUUGUAGUAUUUGGCGACAGUGACGAAGUGCACAAAACACAUGUUCAGCAUUUCAUGACGGUUGAUAUGCCAAAAGGGGUCGAGCCAGUGUCCAUGGUAAAGGUGAGCAUAGCAACGGAACAUCUGCUUCAUGAUUCCUUGACAAUCCUUGUAAAAGGUAGGAGGAAAUCCACUAGAUUUGCCGAUCCAAUCCUGACCAGCAAGGGUAGUCAAGGACGCAUUCAAGUUCGUGGGACCUGCCGCAAUCGGGGUAGUUGCAGGGGGGGUUGAGACAUCCCCGGAAGCGAAGGUAUGAGGGGCUCCUUGGACGGGAUCUGUGGGGAACAUGACGGGAUCGUGGAUUUUACUCACGAUCCAUUUCUCGACUCGGUUGAUGAACUUUGGUGCGGAGAUUUUUGCUGCUCGGCCGUCCACAAGCCAAGUGUAGGUCAAUC